AUGUCUCAAGACCAACGAGACCAGUCUGCUCCAGCAUCACCAAAGGAGCCUCGUUUUGAACCCAAGCCACUCACUCUGGUCCUCUGGAACGGACCGGAUGAACGGAAACAGGUCCUUACCAUAGAACAACACUACGUAAAAUGGAGAAUUUUCUUCACGACACUUGUCCACAAUUCCACCCCAUGGGAAGAGCUUACAGCCUACGAUUUGCACGUCCUGCUAGACCUUUCCGCAUGUAGAGCGCCAAAAAAUGCUCAGUUUGUGUCGACGAAAGGAUUUUGCACCCAAGAAGAGGUGGAGGAAAAGGAAAAGGCCACAGAGGAGAUUCUGACAGAGUUGGGGUUCCGAAAUCUGAAGACCACGGCAAAGGGGCAGUCAUUCUCCCUGGAAAUGAAAUGGCCGUUUCCCAAAGGACAGCCAGUCGCGGAUGUUGAUCAGCUCAAUGAUGAUUUUUGGGAAAGGUUUAAGAAGCCUGCGUCGUCAAAGGCAGUGACUCAAGCAACGUCAGAGUCAGAGUCAGUCGCCGGUGAAGAUGGGAAGCAAGUGGUAAAUCAGGACGUCACAGAGAAGCAGGUUGGAGAAGAGGAAACCUAG